UGUGACCCUCCACAAGUCCACAUGUCCCACGUAAGAAAAGACCACCUUCAUCUUCCUCAUCCAAUCUCUAAGUAACGAUGGCUUUGCAUAUUUGCAAUUGCUUUGCUCUCUCAAACCACAAACAGACCCACACUCAGCAACCCUGCUUCUCAAACUCAAACUCAAAGCCCAAAGCUUCUUCUUCACUUCAAACACCACCUCAUUUGACCAAGAGAAGCCUCAGCCUCUCACUCUUUGCAGCAGUUUUCUUAAAUGGGGUCCUCCCAAACUCACCCAUUUUCGCUCAGGAAUUGGAGCUCGAGCGCUACACGGAUUCCAAGGAGGGCUUCACUCUCCUCCGGCCCUCCUCCUGGAUAAAGGUUGAUAAAGCAGGGGCCACUGCUCUGUUUGAAGAGGCAAGUAAUGGCAGCAACAAUGCUGGCGUUGUCGUCAACCCGGUUCGGCUUAAAACACUUGGAGAGUUUGGCAGUCCUCAAUUUGUAGCUGAUAAGCUUAUACAAGCCGAAAAGCGCAAGGAAAGUACAAAAGAUGCUGAAGUUAUUGGAGUUGCAGAGCGAUCAGGUAAGGAUGGCCUACAAGUGUACGAAUUUGAGUAUAAGAUUGAUAGCACUAGGGGAGGGAUGAAGAGAAUCUUUUCUGCCGCAUUUGUCGCCUCAAAGAAGCUCUACCUCUUAAAUAUUACUCACUCAGACAAACCAGAGAGCCCUCUUAACCCACAUACAAGACUGAUGUUGGAACAAGCUCUUCAUUCUUUUGAUGCAACAACUUAAACAUAAUAUUACUGCACAUUCUUCCAUCAAAACGACUUUACUGUUUCUGAA